GUAAUCAAUUAUUUAAUCAGUCAUUAAUCCGAACUCUCACCAUAUAAAUAUACACACGUAAUUCAUAAGAAUCAUAAUAAUCACAUAAACACACCAUUAACAAUUAUAUCUCUCUCUAAUCACUGCCCCCUCCUCUUCGUAAUCAAAACUUAUCAAUAUGGCCGCCAGCAGCAGCUUCAGUUCUUCUCCCUUCCUCAUCUCCGCGCUCUUGCUUUCCUUUCUCCUCAUAUUCCACUCCGACAACAACAUCCGCCGCGCCGCCGCCGUCAGGAUCACCACCUGCACCCGGCCUUCGUCUCCGUCGUCGUCCACGUCGACAUCGUCGUCCCCGUCGUCGUCCACGUCGACGUCCACGUCAUCGUGCGUCCACGAGCAGUCGAGGAACGUGAUCCGGCGGUGCGCGAGGCUGAUCUCGAAGACGGGUGCGUCGCUCGACGAGCCGUCCGCGGAGUGCUGCGACGCCGUCCGGAAGGCGAAGCUGCUGCCGUGCCUGUGCUCGUACAUCACGAGGGACAUGGAGGACCUCGUCGACGUCGGGAAGGUGGUCGGCGUCUUCGCCUCCUGCGGCAAGACUGUUCGCCCCGGCACCAAAUGCGCGAGUUACAUUGUUCCAAACGUAUGAGAGAAGAGGAGAGAAGAAGCAAAGAGAUGGACAGCUAACGGCGGCUACCAAAUUAGAUUUUUAUAUAAUACGCUAACUUUGAUCUCCGAGACAUUGUCGUUUACUUUACGUGAAGGUUUAGAUAUAUGUUUGUUUUUGUGGCAAGUUUUCAAGACGGCAAAAAGAUCGUCGGCCGUUUGUUUGCAGC